AAAGGACGACAAAAAUAUUUGAUACACUUUUUUACCCCUCCUCUUCCUCCUCUCUGUCUCGAACGGGAUAGAAGAAGAAGGAUCAUGGGUUAUCGAUGGAGCGGGAUUAAGAAGACGCGGAUACGUGGUUUGAAAAACUGAUUAAACUUGGAUGACAAAGCAUCAAGUCCGAACAACUUGAAUAAACAAUCAGCCAAGAGGAAGUACAGUUUUGCAGAACCAAAUUCUUGAAGAUGAGGGCUGUAUUUGCGCAAUGACGCGCUGAGUUUGGGAAAGUUUCUGACUGUCGUGGCGCACUGAGAAGUUUCCAGUCGCUGUUUCCGACGCGGGACAUCAGGAUUGUAUCUGCGAAUCUUAAUCCUGUCCUCGGUGCCGGAGGACGAUGGGGGCCGCGCCGGGCUCGGGCUGGGAGGAGGGCGAGUUCGAGUUCAAACUGGUGUUUGAGGAGGAUCCGCCUCAGCGGCAGCUCCAGGGACCGUCCCCGGUGCGCACAGCCGAGCUGGAGAGCUGCGUUCCCGGAGAGGAAAGUGAUGGCGUCCUGUUGCAACUGGACUCCUCUAACAGCAACGACCUGGGUAUGGACAACCAUCUAGCUGUCUCUCAUGCGGGACACACAAUCACCAUCCCUACUCCUCCAUCAUCCAGUCAGAGGGCAGGGAUGCAUUCCCCGCCUCCUCGCCGGGCCGCCAUCAGGGAGUUUACUGGGACCUAUGAGAGCCUGCCAGCACGCUCUGUGCAGGUUUCAGAGUCUUGUGUGGUCGAGUGCCCCAGCAUCCAGAUAACCACCAUCUCACCUGAAGAUGACUCAGCACCCUCUUUUCCCAGCUAUUGGGACAUGGGCAGCAGUGGCGGGUGGGACAGAGAGCGUCUUUACCUCCCUCUGCUGGACCCUUUUUCUUAUCGUGAUAGAUGCCCGGGGUCCCUCAGCCCAAGCCCUGCCUCCAGCCCCUCCUCGCGGGGUUGGCUCAGCCCUGCCUCCAGCUGCGACUCCCUGCUGGUGGAGGAGGAGGAGCUCAGUGAGGCCACCAGCAGUUUUGGACUCUCGCCAUCCUCAAGGCCUACUUCACCUGGGGGUAAAAAGCGUAGGAACUCUCCGUUGGCCUCUCCUUGUACUUCACGGAGGGGUAGUUACUCAGAGGAGCUGCAGGGGUGUACCCUCGAGGGUGGAGAGUCCACCUCUCAGUCACAAGCUCUGCCUGGAAGCUGUGAGCUCAGUAUCCCACAGAAAACCAGAAAAACCUCAUUGGAACAGUUGUCUACCAGGGAGGUGGAUCAGGAGCAGGCUCCAGGCCACGGCUCCCCAUGCCCCCUAGCAGAGACCCAGCAGACCAGAAGAGACCCCCCAUCCUUGAGCAUGGACUACCUCCCUGUACCUCCUGCUCUGGCCUGGGGCAGAACUAGAGCUAGUGCCCAGAGUCCUCUGUUUAGGUCGAACGCUCUGCCCCCUCUCGACUGGCCGCUGCCCUCCCAGUUUGACCAGUAUGAGCUACGUAUUGAGGUGCAGCCCCGCCCACACCACCGGGCCCACUACGAGACUGAAGGCAGCAGAGGUGCCGUCAAAGCUGCACCAACAGGACAUCCUGUCGUCAAGCUGUGUGGAUACACGGAGAGGAAGCCACUUUCGCUGCAGGUCUUCGUUGGAACAGCUGAUGACCGCUCGAUCAGGCCACAUCCCUUCUAUCAGAUACACAGGGUGACGGGGAAGAUGGUCGGCACAGCCAGUCAUGAGAGUGUUCAGGCCGGAACCAAAGUUCUGGACAUUCCUCUGAACCCUGAGAACAACAUGACUGCUCUCAUCGAUUGCGCCGGGAUUUUGAAGCUGAGAAACUCAGACAUCGAGCUGAGGAAAGGCGAAACAGACGUUGGGAGGAAAAACACUCGCGUUCGUUUGGUGUUUCGUACUCAGCUCUCUCUGGCGCCCCUUGUGGCCUCCUCAGGAAGAGUUUUGGCUCUUCAGGUCGCCUCUCUUCCUAUCGAAUGCUCUCAGCGCUCAGCUCAGGAGCUGCCCGUCAUCGAGUCCAUCAGCCUUACCUGCUGCUCAGUGGAAGGAGGGGAGGAGUUGCUGCUAACUGGGAACAACUUUCUGGCAAUAUCCAGGGUCCUUUUCAUGGAGAGAGGAACAGAUGGUAAGCUACAGUGGGAAGAGGAGGCUCACGUCGACAGAGACAACAGCAACGAGUGUUUGUUGUGUGUGAGAGUUCCUGCCUACAGCGACCUGUCCAUCAGCCAGCCCGUGUCCGUCAGUCUCUAUGUCUCUAACGGGAAGAGAAAACGGAGCAGCACUCACAGCUUCAAGUUUCGUCCUGUCAUGUUUAAAGAGGAGGAUCCUUUGCUGUCCCGACCCCCCGUCCCACCUCUGGAUGGCGGUCCAUCCAGAAUGGACAGAGGUUUCCAUGUGUCUGAUGACAGGGGGCUGGGCUUCCACCUGCCCCCAUACCCUUCUGCUUACUCCCCUCCCUGUCCGGCCAUCAGCUACCAUGAAGAGUACUGCUCCAAACCUGACACCACGGUGGAGGAGUCGGGUGGGUCCAGGGCAGCUCUGUCUGAGCGUCACCCCAGCUUUGAGAAUCUGGAGCUGGGCUUCACUGAGCUCCUCGCCCCUCUGUACCCCCGUGUUCCACAGCCUCCCUCCCCAUCUCCUUCCCCAUGGCUGGACUCUCCCUACCUCUCCUCUUCACCCUCCCCUUCCCACUCCUCCUCCCUCAGUCCGUUCCCAACCGAAAGUCCCAUUGCAAACUCCCCCCUGCCUCCCAUUCCCACUCCACCUUUUCCACAGUGCUCUCCGUAUACUCCAGAGGUAUGCCCCUCCCCUCCCUCCAUACCCUACCAGGACACCUGCCUAGCACCUUUCUCCCACUAUGAGGGCUGGGACCCCGAAGGGAGAGUGUUGGGUACGGGGCAUGGGAGAGAGGGGGAUGCAAAGAUCCAGGAGUGUCCUCUGGAGUUCAGCAGCUCUCCCUCGAUGCACCACAUUACCUUUGAAGAAGUGUCGGAGUUCAUCGGGGAGGACAUCCAGACCUUUCAUUCAGGUUCACUCAUGAACAACCAUCCAAACUGAACUCAGAUCAGCUGAUGAUUCCUGUUAGAUAUCCAGUAUAUUUUUAAAUUCCCCAUGCACUUGGUAUCAAACUACCAGAACACUUUUGUAAUUCUAUCUUGGCCAAAGUCAACUGUUUCAUAAAGGGAAACUAUGUUUUAAAAUGUCGUACAUAAAUUAUAUUAAAAAGAAAGAAAUAACACAAGUCAGGUGUCGUUUUGUGUGCUUUUUUAUUUUACCUGCAACAAACUAAAAUAAAAAAGAAGAUUUUAACCAAAUUUAGACAAUGCUUGAGCUGCUAGAAACAGCUAAACAUUUUCUUCAAAAUUUGGAUUUAGAUUGUUGAAAAUGUCUUUUUUAUGUAAUUUUAUGUCUACGUCAACAAAACCAACCUAGAAAGUUUGAAUUCUUGGGACUUUAGUUGUUUUCUGCCUAUAAAAUGUGAUAAAAUUC